CACAAUACACACACACACUUAUCCUUCUCUCUUUUCUUUUUCUCCUUGGAGUUUUAAAUAUUUAUUUGAACUCCAUUAAUUGAUCGAUCAGCCAUCUCGCAUUCAUUCAUGUGCGCGGUGGUGACGGUGCUAUAAUCCAGUUGCUGCUGCUGCUGCCGCUAUAUAUCUAUUUUGAUUAUUAUCGGUGUUGAAGAUGGGCGGUGAAAAUGCUCUUAGCCUUGAAGGCAUCAAAAAUGAGACUGUAGAUCUGGAAAAAGUACCAAUCGAAGAGGUAUUUGAACAGUUGAAAUGUAACCGUGAAGGUUUGAGCUCCGAUGAAGGAGCCUCAAGGCUUGAAAUUUUCGGACCAAACAAGUUGGAGGAGAAGAAGGAAAGCAAGCUCCUCAAGUUUCUUGGGUUUAUGUGGAACCCUUUGUCAUGGGUCAUGGAGGCUGCAGCCAUCAUGGCAAUUGCUCUGGCUAAUGGAGGUGGGAAGCCACCAGACUGGCAAGAUUUUGUUGGUAUUAUGUGUCUGCUUGUUAUUAACUCCACCAUCAGUUUCAUUGAAGAAAACAACGCCGGAAAUGCUGCUGCUGCCCUUAUGGCUGGUCUUGCACCUAAAACUAAGGUUCUAAGGGAUGGUAGAUGGAGUGAACAAGAAGCUGCCAUAUUGGUUCCUGGAGAUAUUAUAAGUAUCAAACUUGGUGACAUUGUCCCUGCUGAUGCUCGUCUUCUUGAAGGUGAUCCCUUAAAGAUUGACCAAUCUGCCCUUACCGGUGAAUCUCUCCCUGUUACCAAGAACCCGUAUGAUGAAGUGUUCUCUGGUUCAACUUGCAAGCAAGGUGAACUUGAAGCAGUUGUCAUCGCUACUGGAGUCCACACUUUCUUUGGGAAGGCCGCACAUCUUGUGGAUAGCACAAACCAAGUUGGUCACUUCCAGAAGGUGCUAACGGCAAUUGGAAACUUUUGCAUUUGCUCUAUUGCUGUUGGAAUGGUUGUUGAGAUAAUUGUCAUGUACCCAAUCCAACACAGACCUUACAGACAGGGAAUUGACAAUCUUUUGGUGUUGCUUAUUGGAGGAAUUCCAAUUGCUAUGCCUACUGUUCUUUCAGUUACCAUGGCUAUUGGAUCUCACAGGCUUUCACAGCAAGGUGCCAUUACUAAGAGAAUGACUGCCAUUGAAGAGAUGGCAGGAAUGGAUGUUCUCUGCAGUGACAAGACAGGAACAUUGACACUUAACAAACUUUCAGUUGAUAAAAAUUUGAUCGAGGUGUUUGGCAAAGGUUUGGACAAGGAACAAGUUUUGCUUUACGCUGCAAGAGCUUCCAGGACAGAAAACCAAGAUGCUAUUGAUGCCGCCAUUGUUGGAACCCUUGCUGACCCCAAAGAGGCAAGGGCUGGCAUCAGAGAGGUCCAUUUCUUCCCAUUCAACCCUGUGGACAAGAGGACUGCUUUGACUUACAUUGAUGGCAGUGGCAACUGGUUUAGAGCUAGCAAAGGUGCACCAGAACAGAUCUUGACCCUCUGUGGCUGCAAAGAAGACCUCAAGAAGAAAGUGCAUGCAAUGAUUGAUAAAUUUGCCGAACGUGGUCUCAGAUCUCUGGGUGUUGCGCGACAGGAUGUACCACAAAAGUCAAAAGAUAGUGCUGGUGGUCCAUGGGAAUUUGUUGGUUUGUUGUCUCUCUUUGAUCCACCAAGGCAUGACAGUGCUGAGACCAUUCGAAGAGCUCUCAAUCUUGGUGUAAAUGUCAAGAUGAUUACUGGUGAUCAGCUUGCCAUUGCUAAGGAAACUGGAAGAAGGCUUGGAAUGGGAACAAAUAUGUACCCUUCCUCAUCUUUACUCGGUGGACACAAGGAUGAAUCAAUUGCAGGACUUCCCAUUGAUGAGUUGAUCGAGAAAGCUGAUGGGUUUGCCGGAGUUUUCCCUGAGCACAAGUAUGAGAUUGUGAAGAAAUUACAAGAGAGGAAACACAUUUGUGGGAUGACGGGAGAUGGUGUGAACGAUGCCCCUGCUUUAAAGAAGGCUGAUAUUGGAAUUGCAGUGGCUGACGCUACUGAUGCUGCAAGAGGUGCUUCUGACAUUGUGCUUACCGAGCCUGGGCUCAGUGUGAUUAUUAGUGCUGUGCUUACCAGCAGAGCUAUUUUCCAAAGAAUGAAAAACUACACAAUCUAUGCAGUUUCUAUCACCAUCCGUAUUGUGUUUGGGUUCAUGUUCAUUGCUUUGAUAUGGAAGUUUGACUUCUCUCCCUUCAUGGUUCUUAUUAUUGCAAUUCUUAAUGACGGAACCAUCAUGACAAUCUCAAAGGAUAGGGUGAAGCCCUCCCCAUUACCUGAUAGCUGGAAACUAAAAGAGAUCUUUGCCACUGGUGUUGCACUUGGAGGUUACUUAGCUUUGAUGACAGUUAUCUUUUUCUAUAUCAUGAAAGAUACCGACUUCUUCUCGGAUAAAUUUAGCGUGAAAUCUAUUAGAGAUAGUGAAUAUGAGAUGAUGGCUGCUCUAUAUUUGCAAGUCAGUAUUGUGAGCCAGGCUUUAAUCUUUGUCACCCGUUCUCGCAGCUGGUCAUUUGUUGAACGACCCGGGUUCUUGCUAAUGGGUGCCUUUCUAGCAGCACAACUGGUAGCAACUUUGAUAGCAGUAUAUGCAGAGUGGAAUUUCGCAAGAAUUAAAGGAAUUGGCUGGAAAUGGGCUGGUGUCAUCUGGCUUUACAGCAUCGUGUUUUAUUUCCCUCUUGAUAUCAUGAAGUUUGCCAUUCGUUACAUCCUUAGUGGCAAGGCUUGGCUCAGCAUGAUUGACAACAGGACUGCUUUCACAACAAAGGAGAAUUACGGAAGAGGGGAGAGAGAGGCUCAAUGGGCUCACGCUCAGAGGACUCUACACGGACUUCAAGCACCUGAUACAUCAAACCUUUUCAACGAGAAGAGCAGCUACAGAGAACUUUCUGAGAUCGCUGAACAGGCCAAAAGACGUGCUGAAGUUGCAAGGCUUCGUGAGGUACUUACAUUGAAGGGUCACGUUGAGUCAGUGGUGAAACUGAAGGGGCUUGACAUUGACACAAUUCAACAACAUUAUACAGUAUGAGGAACUUUUGAUAAAGGAAAAGGGUCGGGGUUUUUUUUUUUACCUUUUAACUCAUUACAGAAUCGAGGCCAACUAGAUGAUCAUGUUUCAACUUUCAACCAUGGGGAGACGAUGUGCUGCAAUUCAGCCUCGAGUAUUUAAACUUUGUGUUAUCUUGUGAAUUUCUUGAGUACCCAUAAAGGGGUUUGUAUUUGGUCGCUUCGUACUUGUUAGCAUUGAAGCAAAGUUGAAUGUUUUCUAUAACGUAGUUUCUUUUCUCCCCCCUUGAUUCUGUUUUGUACGCGUUCCUCUUUGUUUUAAUGAAUCAAUUAUGUAAUGAACAAAAACCAAUGGUGCAAUUGGUGCUUAUAAUCUACAAGGUUUACGUGAAGUA